AUGGAGGAGGCAGGCUUUGAAGCAGGUGUCUGUCCUGAAAGUUGGAUCCAACAUCUGAACCGUUGCUUUGGGGUCGUUCCCCAGAAAUUGAGCUGGCCAGAGGCAGAGGUGGAUUGUCAAACCUUCGGCAAACACGGCCACCUGGCUUCCUUUCAAACCAAAGCCGAGUGGGAUGUGGUGGCCAAAUAUAUCAUCGCCAACUUUAAGGACGUGGAUGACAUCUGGGUUGGGCUGGAGGACGCUCGGAGGACCGGACAAUGGACCUGGGUAGAUCGGACUCCGCUGAGUUUCUUCCCUUGGAAUAUCGGGGAACCCAACAACAAAAACGGGAAGGAAUAUUGUGCCCACACAACCAUCGGGGAAGGUUACAAGAAACUAAGUGAUGCCAAUUGUCAGAUCCCCAAGAGCUAUCUCUGCAAAUCCCGGUUGCUGUAAUAGCAAGAGCGCUUCAUUUGAGAUACUGCAAAUCAGUAAAUAAAUCUUUCUGUGCAAAGAAAA